AUGAUGCGCGCAACUGCACUUCGACUUUACUUCCUGUCGCCGCCUGCAAUAGGCCUCGCCGCCAAGCCCACCACCAGCAUCGCCUUGACUCGCUCUUUCCAGACUUCGACUCUCAAGUCGGUACCUAAGGUCGCUGCCGCCGCUGCCAACAACAACAACGCUGCUGGACCUUCCAAGUCGAACACCCGCUCCAUCUCCUCCACUGCCCCGCGCUCCGAUGCUGGCCCCGACGGCCCUGUCCCUCUCAUGUCCGUCGCUAACCGUUCUUCCAACCAGCUUUCGCUCGAGACCCCCAAGAACGGGGUUGAAUAUGUCCUAUCCAGCAUGGACAAGAUGGCCAACUGGGCCCGUCAAUCUUCCUUCUGGCCCAUGACCUUCGGUCUCGCCUGUUGCGCCGUCGAGAUGAUGCACGUCGCUACCGCCCGUUACGAUCAGGAUCGACUGGGUAUCGUUUUCCGUGCCUCGCCUCGUCAGUCCGAUUGCAUGAUUGUUGCCGGUACCUUGACCAACAAGAUGGCACCAGCACUUAGGAAGGUGUACGAUCAGAUGCCCGAGCCUCGAUGGGUCAUCAGCAUGGGCUCGUGCGCUAACGGUGGUGGAUACUACCACUACUCGUACUCGGUUGUUAGGGGCUGUGACAGGAUUGUUCCUGUUGAUCUGUAUGUGCCGGGUUGCCCACCUACUGCAGAGGCACUGUUGUACGGCUUUUUGCAGCUACACAGGAAGAUCAGGAGGAACAGGAAGACUACUCUUUGGUACCGAAAGUAA